AUGAAGCGCGGUCGCAAGUAUCUUGUACUUGCCAUUCUGGUCGAUCGCCCUUGCCUGCAUCUGGUGAGUCAGUGCGAGAGAGGUGCACUAUCAACUGCACUGUCACUGUCACUGUCACCUCAACACCAUCAAAUCGUCAUUUUUGCUGCUAAUGCUGGUUAUUUUUACGACCAUGUAUCUCGUCCUUCCACUCGAAACGGCCCAGUGCCAGCACACUGGCGCGAAUCCCCUGACAUUUCUGCCCUUCCAAAAAUUCCCAUCUGCUGUCUUGGCCCGAACACAGCGGCCUAUCGGCGACCACAGCCGCCGAUUCGAAGCACAACCCCCUUGAGGCGAGUUCAGCUUUGCAUACGGGUGCAGGUCCAACGCCAAUCACAGGCCAAGAUCGGGAUGGAUUCUGGCAGCACAUUCACUGCCACGGCCACCCUCAGCCCUGCGUCGCCAGACGAGGUCGGCGUCUAUUCAACCCAAUCGAGUCGAGGACACUGCAUGCUGGGCUGCUCCCCGCCUCAGGCUAGUUCCAGGCCACGACAAAAGAUCAUUGGCAUAGCGGUGCAAGCCACAGCCCUCUGGUCAACGGCUGUCGACUGGUGA